AUGGUUGCAGAUACCAAACUAUAUGACCGCCUCGGCGUCCCUGCUACCGCAACGGCCGACGAGAUUAAAAAGGCCUAUCGCAAGAACGCUCUCAAGAACCACCCAGACAAGAAUCCGGCCGGUGCAGAAAAGUUCAAAGAAGUCAGCGAAGCAUACGAGAUCCUCUCAGAUCCCGAGAAGCGGAAAAACUAUGACAACUAUGGCUACGAUUUCAUAACCGGCAAGGCGGGUCCUCCGCCGCAGGAGGGCGAUAUGGGAGGCAAUCCAUUCGCUGGUAUGGGUGGCAUGCCGGGUGGAAUGCCGGGUGGUAUGCCGGGUGGAUUUGGAGGUGGUGCUGGUGGGGGCGGAGCGAGGACGUUCCAUUUCAGUACGGGCACUGGUGGCCGGGGCUUUGGAGGGUUCAGUGAUCCGAAGGACAUUUUUUCGGAGUUCAUGAGGGGUGGUGGAGCAGGUAUGGGCGGAGGCGCAGAUGACGAUGACCCCCUUGGCGCCUUCGGAUUCGGAGGCAUGGGUGGAACACCGCGAUCUUCCGGUGGACGCGGUGGCUUCAGCCGAAGGAGGCCGGAGCCAGAGGUUGAGACGACGGUGGUAGAGAAGCCGCUCCCGGUCAGCUUGGAGGACAUUUUCAACGGCACGACGAAGAAGUUGAAAGUACAGCGGAAGACAUACGAUGCGCAAACAAUGAAGCAGAGUGUGGAAGACAAGAUCUUGUCGGUGCCGAUCAAGCGCGGCCUGAAGGCCGGCAGUAAGAUCAAGUACCCGGACAUGGGCGACCAAGUGGAGGGUGGUGUGCAGGAUCUACACUUCAUCGUCAAGGAGAAGCCACAUCCACUUUUCACACGCGACGGAGACGACAUCAAACACACCGUUGAGAUUGACUUGAAGGAGGCUUUGACCGGAUGGAAGAAGACAGUCCAGACCAUCGACGGCAAGCAGGUGUCCGUCGGAAGCUCAGGACCUACGCAGCCAGAUUGGACCGAAAGGUUCCCCGGCCUCGGCAUGCCUAAGAGCAAGACGCCGAGUGUACGCGGAGACUUCAUCGUUGGCGUGAAGAUCAAGUUUCCCACAAGCUUGACGGCGGAACAGAAGCAAAAGAUCAAGGAGAUUUUAUGA